AUGGCAAGCAAUCCACGUACCCCAGAAACGACUCAUAAAAGUUCAAAUAAACACCAUCAGAGAGAAGAUAAAUGCCAAUCCAAAAAGCACGGUUUAGAAGAAAAAAGAAAGAAGCAAGAUGAAGAAGACGUCGAGGAUCAGGUUGCAUCAGCUAACAACUGGGAAAGUGCUGAAUUAGGCGAUGAAGACCGAAAACAAAAAUUUUUACGUUUAAUGGGUGGCUCAAAAAAACGAAAAGACGAUCAUGAAAAUGCUGCAGCAGAAGGUAAUGGUGGUAAUACACUAGAAAAGAAGCAUAAUCGUUCAAAAGAGCAAACAGAAACGAUAAAUCAAGCUCUCGAACAACAGUUUAAUGAAUCGUUAAAUGCAAAACUAAGUGGUACUGUGCAUCAGCAUGGUGGACUGGGAUUUCAUGGUGCACGACCCCAGGGUGAAGAUAACAAUUGGGAACAACAAUCGAAAAUGCCACCAAAAAUGAAUUUUGUACCAGCAACUACAAUAAAAACAUCGUCGUCAAAGGAAAAAAAAUCUACUGAUGAAUCGAAUGAAGAUAACAAUUGGGAACAACAAUCGAAAAUGCCACCAAAAAUGAAUUUUGUACCAGCAACUACAAUAAAAACAUCGUCGUCAAAGGAAAAAAAAUCUGUUGAUGAAUCGAAUGAUUCGAAAGAAAGAAAAUCAAAACACAAAUUAUAA